AUCCAGGCCGAACCACGUCUGGUGGUAUUGCGUGCCAAAUUGGCCGUACCAACGGCCAAAAUGGUUCCUGUUCCGAGGACAAGAUUGUCUAUAAAACGUUAUCCUGAAGGCUCAACAACCGGAUUUAUACUCACCACCACAACACCACACCACUGCCUACCAUCAUUCGUCACUAUAUUCAACCAUCCCCAACAUUUGCAUCAACUGAGAAUGUCCACCAUUACACUCGUUACCGGAGCCAAUCAAGGAAUAGGCCUUUCGACGGCUAUAAUUCUCGCAAAGCAACACAACCAUCACGUCAUCAUCGCAUCUCGCAACGCAGAUGCCGGAGAAAAGGUUGCAGCCUCAAUAAGGAACGAUGGAGCGUCCGCUUCCAGUCUUCAGCUCGACCUGACUUCUGAUGGCUCCAUCGAAGCAGCAGCAAAAACCAUCGAGCAAAACCAUGGUCGUCUUGACGUCCUCAUCAACAACGCUGGAGUCCUUCUGGAUGGGAAGAAUCCAAACCAGAGUACCCGCGACCUCUUCACCGAAACAAUCAACACAAACGUCAUUGGCACCGCCGUGUUGACCGAUGCCCUUCUUCCACUGCUUCGCAAGUCUUCACAACCACGCGUCGUCUUCCUGUCAUCCCGCAUGGGCUCACUUCAUCAAGCUACUGUGACAGACACUCCUUUCUACGCCGUCGACUACAAAGCAUACGAUGCUAGCAAGGCUGCCGUGAACAUGCUCGCACUGAACUAUGCCCGAAUCUUGGACGAUGUGGGUGCCAAGGUGAAUGCUGUAUGUCCGCAGCUGGUAAAAACCAACUUGACCGGGUACGUCGAGUAUGGAAUCACAACAGACCAAGGGGCGGAAAGGGUUGUUGAACUGGCUACGUUGGAUCAGGAUGGACCAACCCGUACCUUCUCAGACCGCGAUGGAUCCAUUGCGUGGUAG